ACUCCGCGAGACGCCGGAAGCGGAAUGACGUAAGCACGGCCGGGCAGGGCCGAGUCGGACCGCGCCAAAUGCGGGAAGAGGGGGAGGGCCUGUGUGGUUGAGUGCUAAUUCUCCUAAAGAGUCAGAGCUGAUGAAUCUUUAAAACCGAAUCUGAAUGUUGUUUUAGGAAAUAUCUAUCUAUCUAUCUAUCACCUUUUCCAAAGUUCCGUAAAGUUUUUUAGUUUAUUCCAGUCUCUAGGAGACGCUAAGUCGGAAACGGAAAUACCUUCAAGAUAACUUCCGGAAGCAGCUGCCAUGGCUUCCAGAGAGGAGGUUCUUGCUCUGCAGGCUGAAGUUGCCCAGCGUGAGGAGGAACUGAGUUCCCUGAAGCAGAGACUGGCGGCGGCUCUUUCGGCGGAGGACGAGCCAGCGCCGCAGGUUCCGGUGUCGCCCCUGCCGCCGAAGGCCGCCCUGUCCCGAGAUGAGAUUCUGCGCUACAGCCGGCAGCUCGUGCUGCCUGAGCUCGGGGUGCACGGACAGCUGCGGCUGGCGACCGCGUCCGUGCUAGUCGUGGGCUGCGGUGGGCUGGGCUGCCCGCUGGCGCAGUACCUGGCAGCGGCCGGCGUAGGCCGCCUCGGUCUCGUGGACUACGACGUAGUAGAAAUGAGCAACCUGGCCCGCCAAGUGCUGCAUGGCGAGGCACUGGCCGGCCAGGCCAAGGUCUUUUCCGCUGCCGCCUCGCUGCGCCGGCUCAAUUCGGCUGUGGAGUGCGUGCCUUAUGCCCAGGCUCUUACUCCAGCCACGGCUCUAGACCUCGUCCGCCGUUAUGACGUGGUAGCUGACUGCUCCGACAACGUGCCCACUCGCUACCUGGUUAGCGACGCCUGUGUGCUGGCUGGCAGGCCUCUCGUAUCCGCCAGCGCCCUGCGCUUUGAGGGCCAAAUCACAGUCUACCACUACGACGGCGGGCCUUGCUAUCGCUGCCUCUUCCCCCAACCACCUCCAGCGGAGACGGUGACCAACUGCGCGGAUGGCGGGGUGCUCGGUGUUGUGACUGGGAUCCUGGGCUGCCUGCAGGCGCUGGAAGUGUUGAAGAUCGCCGCAGGUAUGGGCCCCUCUUACAGUGGCAGCCUGUUGCUCUUUGACGCUCUCGGAGGACAUUUCCGCUGUAUUCAGCUGCGGAGCCGCAGGCCGGAUUGUGCAGCUUGUGGAGAGCGGCCCACGGUGACUGACCUGCAGGACUAUGAAGCCUUCUGUGGCUCCUCAGCCACGGAUAAAUGCCGCUCCCUCCAGUUGCUGAGCCCAGAAGAGCGAGUUUCUGUCACUGACUAUAAGCGACUUCUGGAUUCUGGGUCACCCCACCUAUUGCUGGACGUCAGGCCUCAAGUGGAAGUGGACAUCUGUCGUUUGCCUCAUGCUCUGCACAUCCCUUUAAAACAUUUGGAACGGAGGGAUGGGAAGAGCCUGAAACUCUUAGGAGAAGCAAUCCAGAAAGGGAAGCAAGGCACACAGGAAGGAGCAGCCCUCCCCAUCUAUGUGAUUUGCAAACUGGGCAAUGACUCCCAGAAAGCCGUGAAGAUCCUGCAGUCCUUGACAGCAAUCCCAGAGUUAGACCCUCUAACAGUUCAGGAUGUUGUGGGGGGGCUCAUGGCCUGGGCUGCCAAAAUCGAUGAAACAUUUCCGCAGUACUGAGGUGGCUGAUAUACAUAGUCUGACCUGAGAAAAAUGUGGAUUGCCAUGUUAACCUUAAAGAUACACUUACUUCCAUUUUUCUCAAUAAUGUACAAAGACUGGAUUCUGCAUCUGUGAAUACAGAGAUUUCUUUUUGUAAGGGGCUUUUUAAUGGUAAUUUAUUGGAUAUCGUUGAGGGUCUAUAAAACUGUUUCUGAGAACUGUCUUGUGUUUUCAGUACUUGGAGGGUGUCUUGAUCAUGUGAGAUAUAUUGUAAGUGACAGGUUUUUGUGUUUUAAUUUGCAGAUCAUUUGCCUGUCUUGCUUUUUUCCCACCUCCCCCAAUCAAAAGACUCUCUAAAUGGGUCUUUUUUAGGCCUGGAAUUAAGUUGUUGUAAACUUAGUCUUACCGAAUUGAUUGCAGAUGAUAUCCUUAAGAUCAGUUUAUUGUUUACUAAAGGCAUUCUUUGGGUCUUAUUUCUACUUCAAAUGAUAGAAUAUAUCCUACAGAACUAAGUGUUAAGGUGAAAAUUGUCUUAAUUAUCUGGAAAGUGAUCAUUAAAUAUUUUGAAUUCAUAUAAAAGUGAAGUAUUUACAGGUUAGCAAGAAAAAGGAAACCACCUUCGUAGUAUGUCAGUUUCUCUUAUAAGUUGCUGAUUUUUUUUCUUAAAGUUAGCUUCAGGGUCCACCUGUUGUACACAUAACAUUUUCUAAACUGUAUACUAUUGUUUGGCUUGCUGUGGAUUCUUCAAGUCCAAGUUCCAAACUUCUGCUCUUUCCCAUCCAAUCUGUUAUUUUUAUUGUUGGCUUCACUGUAUGGUCAGGACCCCAAAUACAAUACUGAAUUAAGGUGAAAUAGUGAACAUUCUUAUCUCAGGCUCAGAUGAAAAACUGAUGAUUUGAUCAGUAUUGCUUAUUAUUGCUUUAUUAUAAAUAACCUAUAUCAAACUAAUGACAUUUUUUUUCUGUUUAUAGUUUGCUAAGAGUUUUGCCUGAAUUUAUCAGAUGCAUUUAUUAAGAUUAUGUGUUUCUUAACUUUUUUCUCCUGUUCAUAUAGUAAAUUACAUUGAUAUUUUUAUUGUAGAAAAAAAUUAUAAAAAUACACCCUCCCAGCAGUUUCCAACAGUAUUGUCAACCACCUGCACAUGCUUGCAACAGAUCCCAGAAUCCUCCCACUCCUGCAUGACUAAAACUUUUGCACCCACCAAAGAACUCCCUCCUUUCCCCUUUAACUUGCCUUUUCUAUCUUGAUUUAGUGUGUUUUAUUCCAGCAUUUUAUAGUAGUGCAAAAUGUAGGUGUUUCUGUUUUUUAAACAUUUCCAUGAAAUGGCAGGUACUCUGCCCAAUUUCCAAUAUCUACAACUAAACUAAAAGUGAACAGUUCGUGUGUGAGUACAUAUUAGUGGCAAAUUGAAGAGGAAAUGCCUUGUCAAAGGGGGCCCCUACUCUCCAACUGUCUCUGGCAUAUAAGCCUACCUGUAA